GGAACCAAAAAAUGAGUAGGAGUAGCCGUUCAAGCCGAACUCUUUACGUUGGUAAUCUUCCUGGCGAUAUCCGCUUGAGGGAGGUUGAAGACCUGUUCUACAAGUAUGGCCCUAUUGUUGACAUCGACUUGAAAGUGCCCCCGAGGCCUCCUGGUUAUGCUUUCGUUGAGGUGAGUAAUUGAGGGUUUUUUUUUUUAUUAUGGUUUCUAUGUGUUGAGUAGAAUGCAUUCCUGUUGUAGUUGUUUUGUUCCAACGGUCUGUCUAUUUAUUUUAGGAGGUACUUGCUUUGCCGGUGUUUUGGUGUUCACUGAAUGCAUUAUUUUGUUU